AUGCCCGAACCGCUGGAACCAGAGUGGGCGAACUCAUCAGUAUCGGGUCCUACAUUAUCAUUCCUCCCGCAAGAACCGAUUACCUCUUUCACGGCCGUAGAUACGCGAGUUGAAAAUUCGAACGGCCAAUGCACAACCGAGUAUGCUGCAAUUGAACAGCUAACGGCGCUCAAGAAGGAGCUACGUGCGCUCGAUCUCGAGUCCUUCUGGAGAAAGCUUAUGGAACAUAUCACCUUGCUAUGUAAUGCCCAAUAUGCCUUCGUAGCUCGAAGGGUGAGGGAAGAUGAAGCAGCGAAAGAGAUCGGUGGGCAUAAACCCUCUCUCUUUGGCACGGCAUUUUAUUAUAACGACGGGUUUCAGAAUGUUGGAAUUUAUCGGCACAGAUAUUUUGCUGGUGGGAACCCCCAGUCGCACAUGGAACUCAACAAGCCAUGCACGAUCUCUGAAAACUUGAGCUCGCUCGGUUCAUUCGAUAGGGAUAAGCUACCUUUUGCCGCAGAGGGUUACCUCGCAAUUCCACUGUUUUCAGGGAAUGAGUGUCUUGCCUACCUAGGCUUAAUGUGGUCAGAACGGGGAUUACAAAAUCGAAAGCUUUCAUGGUCUUUCAUGGAAACGAUGCUAUUUUCCUUGGAGGAUUUAGUCGUCCAACGGAUUCACCAGGAUGGUAGCACAGCAGAGCAAGAACAACCAACUCCAGGGUCAACUCCAAAGCGCCGGGAUGAAACCACCCCAUCUGCACAAGCAGUGCACUUUUCUUCUCAACACCUCAAGCCACUUGCGCGCAGUCUUUCGCACGAACUUCGAACACCGAUGCAGGGGAUCGUCGGGAUGUUAGACGUCAUGCAUGCCACUGUGCGUGAUGCACUCACUGGAAAACCUCCAGCGAAAACCGCGUACGUUUUUCAGUCGCUCAAGGAAAGCAUUGAGAUGGUCCAAGACAGUGCAAGAAGGGCCGUUGAAGCGGCAGAUAAUGUCGUGCAUGCUUACGAUCUCAACAUGGAGGUUCCAAAAACUCCCCAGGUAGAGCGAGAUAUCAACUUCUCUGGCAUCGCCAUGUCCCCGGUUGCAACAUCUGAGAGCCGGCCAAACGUUUUCAUCGACGGGAGCAACAUAGCCAUCAACCCCUACAAACGACGAAGGAGCAACCCGCCAGAGAGCAAAGUUGAAAUGACUCCGAAGCAGAAAAUUCGUCGAGUAUCGUCCCCGAAGGAGCUUUCCCCGCGUACUGAGGAGGUUAAAAAUGCCGUACACGAGAGUGACAAGAUCUUCAGCACCAAAACGCCUGCUCAUCAGAUAGAAGCAGUGAUGGCUAGCAUGGUUGAACCUCGCGCGUCACUAGCUGUCCGGAGAUCGGCUCCUCAUCUUCUAUUGGAAGGCAUUAACGUCAAUUUUCAGGGCCCCGCGCUGCGGUUCACCAAACUUCGCGAUCUGCUUCGUUUGGUGGUCAACGAGUCUCUUCAUGUCGGCGGAAGACCUGACUUCGUGGUCAGCAACGAAACUGAGUUGGGUGAGAAGAUCGAGGUUCGGUCGCGAACAUCUAACGGAGAGGUUUAUUCGAAGACAAUAGACUGGUCCGUGGAUCUUGCUGUACCCGAUGCGCUUCUCACAGAUGACAGAGACUUGGCCAAGCUGAUAUCAUGCGUAUUCUUGAAUGCUGUCAAGUUCACAAACAAUGGCCUAAUCACCGUCAAGGCUACACUCAGCGAUAGAGCCAACGAUAUCUUGAUCAAUGUUUGUGAUACCGGAACUGGUAUCCCCAUGGCCUUUUUACCUAAUCUUUUCAAGCCAUUCGCUCGGGAAGACGCAUCGAUCACACGAAGCAAAGAUGGACUAGGGUUAGGGCUCCUCGUGGCAAAGGGUCUUGCCAGAAAAAUGGGUGGUGACCUUGUUUGCGUCCGUUCAUCAACCGCCGAACCUGACCGUGGUUCUGAGUUCGAGAUCAGGAUCCCCGUAAACGAACCCGAGUCCACUCGCUCAAGUAACCCAUCAACGCAAUUGACAACCCCUCCCAAUAUCAGAGAAACCUCAAGAUUCAGCAGUGUUAGCAAUUCCACCCCAGGCUCCUCUACGAUAUCACCGGUGCAGCCACCUGCACCUACACCGAUCCAACAGCCGACUCCCGCUCUUACUGAUGAAUCCUCCCGCACACCAACACCAACUCGCUCUGUGCCCAGCACAACACCCCUGAGACCGCCAGCCAGCGAAAUGUUUCCUGAUGGCAAACCUGGAGAGAAGAAUCCUCUUACUUUCCUCGUAGCCGAAGAUAAUAAGAUCAAUCGGCGUGUACUAGUACAUAUGUUGAAGAGACUGGGAUACCAGGAAAUAUACGAGGCUGGCAACGGGAAAGAAGCCGUACGAACGAUGAAGAAUAUCCUUGAUUCACAAUGCUCUGAGGAUGAGGCAAACCUGGUGCAAAAGGCCCCAGAUCGCCAGGCAAGUGCAGAUGAUUUCCUCAUCCCCGGGCUUCCGCUCCGGCAGAAGAAGGCGAAACCGGUGGAUGUCAUACUGAUGGACCUCUGGAUGCCUGAGAUGGACGGAUAUGAAGCCACUUCAAAGAUAUUUCAGAUGAUUAACGAAUAUCGUCACGGUCAAUGUCAACCUGGCCGAUUACAUUCUCGAGACAUACCCCCAUCUCAACCACCCACUGUCCUCGCUGUCAGCGCAGACGUCACGGAUGAGUCCCUCAGUCGUGCCUCCAAAGUUGGAAUGAAGGGUUACAUGACCAAGCCAUAUAGACUGGUAGACUUGGAGCGGCUGAUCGCUGGCUUUUGCAGCGAUUCUGCGUCCCAUCAAGCCAAUGAUUCAACGAACACAUGA